AUGGCAGCAGUAUUCAUACCUCCUUCACCGCAGACAUCUCUUAACAUGUCGACACGCCGACCACUCGCCAACGUGCCGAAUGCCACCAACUCCCCUCACAGGGUGGGCCUCGUGCCUGCCAAACGUCCUCGGACGACGAAUGCUCCAGUUGAGAUCCCUUACGGCCAGCCACCUCCCAAGAAGCAGGUCGUAGACGGGACGGAGGUAGAAGGCCGUUCCCCGAGCCGAACCCGGGCUUCCACCUACCAAAACACUGAUUCUAAGCUCUUUUCACGGCGAACAAACAAUGCCCAGCCAAGUGCGUUCGAGAGGAAGUUGGUGGCUGCCAGGGAUAAGGAGAGACUGUCUCAACACAGGCCGUCGAGGCAUGAAAAGCCUUCUGCGGAGACCAUUGAUACUAUAAGGCAGUGGCAGAGGCAUUAUCGAAAGGCGUUUCCUCAAUUCGUCUUCUACUUUGACAGCAUUCCGGAAGAUCUUCGUAGUAAAUGCUCGAGACAGGUCAUUGCGUUGGGAGCUAUUGGGAUGAAAGGUGAAGUUUCUCACCUUAUGCACAACCAUGCUGGCACACUGCGUGAGGAGAAAUUCUUUUCACGCCUAGUGACCCAUGUCGUUACCUCACGUCCGAUACCACCUGAAAAUGACAGUGCAAGCCCGACAGAAUUGAAGACAGAAUCGGUGGAGCAAACAGCUGCCGAUGGUUCUCUGCAGACAGUCAAUCCCUCCCUAUUGGAGAAAAACGUCGAGCCCCACCUUCAUAUCUCACUGAAGAAUGAUGCACGACGCGAGCAGACUACCACGGAUGUUUUGCACAGAGCUCGCCAAAUGGGAAUGAAGAUAUGGGCUAUAGAGAAGCUUCAGCGGAUGAUUGCUACUAUUAACGAUGGGGAAAUUGGCGGACAUAGCAGCCAUUCUACUCGAAAUGCCAACGCUGGUGGCCAUGCCAAAACCAGAGGCGACGCAGACCUGUCACAAGUCCUUCAAAACGAACUCAUGAGUGGCUCUGAUCGCAACCCUCUCUCAGUUCUGAAAGACUUGGUAAUGUUCAAGGGCCCGUUUGUUUACAUUCACGACAUGGAUGAAAAGACAAGACCCGUCAUGGUUCGCGAAUACCCAAAAGUGGCGAGACGACAAGAUGGCAUCUGGCCCCAAUUCAGGAGUGCACCACUUGGAAAGUGUCCAUUUUUGGAGGAGCCCCCAACCAAAAGAGAAGCGGAGCGGCAACGGGCGCGCCAAAAGUCGAAGGAACAGAAGACUGUUCCCAAGCACGCACCUACUCCAACAGCCCUUGACGUCAAGCUCAAAGUACCCGAAAACGUUACAAGGAACGCUGGAGAUGCAGAGGCUGACCAAGAGCCCAGCGCUAAGGAUGGCCACCAAGGUUCUAUGUCUCAUCCAAAACAGCCAGAGAUGCAGGACAUGCAGCCGAUAAGGCCGGCCUCACCGAAAAAGAGCUCUGAAAGUUUUGUUCCUCAGUUAAAUCGGACUGGGCCCUUUUAUGUUGGCCGUGAGCCUGCCGCCUCAGGUGUUCAACCCUCUAACAUUACCUCUGCCAUCCGUUCUCAGAUGGUAUCUUCUACUGCUGCAGCGCCCGGGGCAAAGGCUGGUGUGAGUAAAGAGGUUCACGAGCUCAAACGGAAGGUCCUCGAGAAGAGCAAUGGAGGAUUUUCGGCUGGUACAGGACCGUCGUCUCACCACCCUGUGGACGCCUCUGCAGCUUUAAAAACAACCAAGAACCAGGCGAACCGGUAUGGCAAGUCAAACGUGCCAGAGAGGCAUGGUAAUGUCAUUGAAGAGGAAACUACUCACCAGAAGAAAAAGGAGAAGAGAAGGGAUCCUAAGCCAGGGUAUUGUGAAAACUGUCGGGACAAGUUCGAUGAUUUUGAAGAGCAUGUAUUGACAAGGAAGCACCGCAAAUUCGCACUGAACUCGUCAAACUGGUCCGAACUUGACUCGUUACUGUUCCAGUUGCAGAGACCUCUGAAGGAAGAAUACGAUUAUGUUUAG